AUGAUUCAAGUGCGUUAUAAGGGGCCGUGGUACGGCUUUUCGAAUAGGGACGACAGCUUUCCAGGGCCUGGAGGUGACGAUGUGCAAGCGUCAAUACCCGGGGCGAGUAACCCUGCCAAGCUGGGAACGGCAGUGCCUGCUCUCCCGGCCCAGCAGCGAACGGCGCGUGCCCAGCUCAAAGUCAUUGGCCUUGGGCUUCGGGGCAUCAGUGCGGUCAAUCGUCUCAUAGGGUCCGAGGCCUUGCCGGAGGCGGAGUUCUGGGCUCUGGACUCCGACAAGCGAGUGCGUGGAGCCGUUAUUUUAUUAGAGAAGGGCCUGAAGGGCCGCGUGUUGUCCACAGCCGAAGCCACCACGCGCGUGCUGGAGGUUGCGCCUGGGGACGAUGCAUGUCUGGGCCAGACAGAGCUCAUGGCGCUCUCAGGCGGCGUCACCAGCCCCGCCGCGCCUGAGGCGCCUGAUGGCCAUGCGGGAGCCGUGUUCGUGCUGGGGUCGGCUUUUGGCAGCCCCGGGGGCUCGCCGAUGCUGCUGCAACUCGUUCGACAUUUGCGGCGUCAGGGCUAUUUCGUCGCGGCGGCGCUGACGCGGCCCUUUGAGUUCGAGGGUACACGGCGGCUGGAAGCUGCUGACACACUCAUCAGCGCAAUGGAGGAGGUGGCGCAUCUGGUGGUCGUAAUUGCCCAGGGAGUGCUGACCCGCGCCAGUGCCGAGCUAACGAUGGGCCAGGCCGAGGCCAUAGCGGACAACACGCUUGUCUACACGGUCCAAUCCACGCUGUGGGCCCUUAGGGCCCCGGAGGUGCUCAAGGUGUCACACGGCGCCUUCCUGUGGCAUGGCCGCGACCUGCGAAAUAUCCGGCGCCCGCUCUUCCCACCUAUGAUGAACCUGCUGUCGUGCCCGGGCCACGCGACCCUGGGCCGAGGCCAGGCAGCUUUGCCGCUACCGCUCCUGCAGCAGGCCGGCCUAGCCAGUGCACUGAGCACACUGGCUGAGGAUGCCGUUAAGGCUGCGUCGGAGUCGCCAUUCUUGGACAACAAGCUGGAGAGCGCGACUGGCGUGCUGUGCGUGCUACGCGUGCCGCCAUCUGCGCUAGGCGUGCUUCCGCCGGGGAGUCCAUCCCGGCAGCGCAGCACUGCUGUGGGCAACGGUGGCCCCAUGGUGACGGACAACCACAAGGAGUACGCACUGCGAUCCGCUGUGCAGGUUGCAGCUAUGACCGUGCGGGAGCUGGUGGGGCCACACUGUCACGACAUCAUCGUAUGCCCGCAGCUAUGCCGUGACCUGGAAACAGGGCAAGACAGCACCAACAGUGACUCUGACAGUGGUAGCAGCAAUGCCCCAUCACAGCCGGAUUCAGGCGCACCGUGCUCGGGAGGUGCGGUCGGGGCCACCGCCACCGCCGCUGGUAUCGCCGCAAGCAAACAGAACGUCGCCGGCGCGUGCAAUGCAGCAGGGGCCCCAGCAGCCGAGGGGGCCAUGCCAGGAGAGCCGCAACUUGUGCGGGUGGAAGUGUCGCUGCUAGUGUUGGAGCGGAUUGAGGAAGCCGCCGAGCCUAAGGCCAUCGGGGCCCACAAGCCGAGCCACGAUGUUGCAAGCAGCGGGUUCUAUGGAGGUGCUGCCGCUGCAUCGGCGCCAGUGGCGCCCACCGCAGCCACGGCGCGCGACCGUAUGACCUCAGUCUUCGGCGCGCGGGCGAGCUCUGUGGCGCGACGGUUGCCACCGCCAGGCGCACCCAACCCCGCCGCCAACUUCUUCGGCAAUCAGCAAUCGCAGUCCACAGCAGCAACAGCGGCGGCGCCAACAACACCAUCCGCAGCCACCGCCACCAAUGUGAAUGCAAUGGGCAUCCAGUCCCAGCCCGCGGGCCCCGCCGCAGGAUUUGCAGGCCAAGUGAACGGCGGCGCUGGUCAAGCCAACGCCGCUGCCGGACAACCUGGAGCGGUCAACGCAACGGUUGCGGAAACCAACCGGGUGCAGGAAGGGGUUCCAGCUGGUGGUGGUGGCAUGUUUGGAAUGCAGCAGAUACCGCGGAUGGCGGAUAGCCUGCAGGUCACAUCGCUGGUGGCACAGUCGCUAGACCUGCCGCCUCAGGCCGCACGCUGGCGCCACCAGCAGCGCAAUCCCACGUAUAGCGCCCGCGGCGCAUUUGAGUUGCCCAAGGUGGAGGCCGACCUUCGCGAGUGGGACGAGAGCUGGCUGGAGGGGGUUACGAGCGGCCAGAACGAGGGUCUGGGUCGUGGACUGCAGCAGCUGAUCAUGGGCAUGUGGUCGAGUGAGGGGUGUCAACCGGCAAGCAUGACAACGGGCCCUUCGGCUGUACGUACUCGGGUGGCGGACAUGCUGGAGCACGAGCGCAAGGACUUGUGGGAGGGAGCCGCGGGAAACGCAUAA